AUGAAGCCUGAGCAAACACCUUUUACCCUUGAAUCAGGAGAAGCAUGCGUCAAGAUCCCUAACUCGGUUAUAGAGCGGAAUAAGAAAGCGUGGGAUUCAUUUAUACUUGGUCAAUUCUAUGAGGAACCCCCCGCUAAAGGAGCCGUUCAUGCUAUCGUCAACGUAAUCUGGAGUAGACAAAAACGCGACAUUUCUGUUUCAAAAAUGGAUGGGCACGCUUUCCUUUUUCGUGUCCCCUGCCCAAAUGCCAGAAGGAAGAUCCUCAGCCAAAGCCUAUGGCAAGUUGAUGGUCAGACGAUGUUCGUCGCAAAGUGGUCUCCGGGCCCUCAUCAGGAGAAACCAGAGCUGUCAAUGGUCCCGGUCUGGCUGGACCUCACUGGGGUUCCUUUGCAAUUCUUCAAUCGAGAUGCCUUAAAGGAAAUAGCUGGGCUGGUGGGGCAUCCUAUUGAGCUACACCCAACCACUGCAAACCUCACCAACCUUAAAGUUGCUCGAGUGUAUACUGUCAUAGAUCCCCGGAAACCGCUUCCGGAAGGGGUUAAUGCUCAGUUUGAAUCAGGAGAAAUCCAUAGGAUCACAGUAUCCUCGCCGUGGCUCCCAUCUUUAUGCUCCUUCUGCAAAAAGGUUGGCCACACUAUCUCUCGCUGCAAAGCCGCCCCACGAACUUGCACAAUCUGUAACUCUGCCAGGCACACCUCCGAUCUCUGUCCUCGCAACAGACCUAAACAGAGAGAAGGGAAGGCACCAGUGAAAAGUCAGCUCCCAAUAACUUCGUCGAAGCAAAUAUACAGGCCCAAGGAUACAGGAACCACCUCAAAAGUGCCUGAGAAAGCGGUUCCUAAUGAUCCUCCUAAGGACCUAGCAGUGACCAAUCAAGUACAUGUCUCACAAGAUACUUUGCUCUUGGCUUCCGAUCAGCCAAAAUCGCCACAAAUUAAUAAGGCCACACAGAACAAUCAGAAGCAGACUUUCGCUGAGGUUUCAGCUUCAACAGCCAGGAAAAGCGACCCAAUCACCAAAGGCUCUGUUCCUUACCGGUCAUUGCUGCCUCAGAUCUCUACUCCAAAAACAUCUAAGGCUAAUCCAUCUAGCUCGAUUAUUGCCUUCGACUAUGAUGUAUCUAGAGGAGGACUCGUAGUCGACCUAAGUCCUCAUUUUACCUCAUCAUAUGCGGCUCCUUCUAACGAUGAAUCAUACUCGAGCCAGCAAUGUCUCUCUUCUCCGGAAACACUAUCUGAAGGAGAUGAUAACCCAGAUGAUGAAAAUGAUCAGUUUAUACAAGUUAUGACCAAACGCAUGCGCCGUCAGUCGCUUGCACGAGCUCGGGGAAAGAUUUGGGUUGUGUGGCACCCUUCGGUUCAAGUCACAGUAAUCUCUAAGUCCCUUCAGGUUAUUACUUGUUCGGUCAAACUGCCUUUUCAGCCUACCGAGUUGGUUAUCUCGAUUGUCUACGGCUCUAACUUCAGGGAAGAGAGAAAGGACCUCUGGUCUGAGUUAAUCCUUGUAGCUUCAUCAAUCUCCUCUCACCCUUGGGCAUGUCUUGGUGAUUUUAAUGAAAUCUUGUCGCCAGAAGAGCAUUCUACGUGUAAUAACUACUCUUCUACCUCGGGUAUGCGAGAGUUUAAGGACUGCGUCGACUCUUGCCUUCUCUCUGAUCUGCCUUACUUUGGCAACACUUUUACUUGGUCUAAUAAUCAGGUGGCCAAAAAGCUAGAUCGUAUUCUUGUUAAUGACAACUGGCUCCUCCUUCACCAGGAUUCAACCAAAACAGAAGAACCUUUCAAGUUUUUCUCCAUGCUCAACAGCCAUCUUGAUUUUGCUGAAGUGGUCAAGCAGUGUUGGACUUCUCUUCCGUUUGCUGGCUCCAAAAUGCUCUUAGUAUCGAAGAAGCUAAAGGAACUCAAAAGUAUUAUAAGAGCCUUUAGCAAGGAAAAUUUCUCUGAGCUUGAAAAGCAGGUGGCUGAAUCUUUUACAGAACUACAAUCUUGCCAGCACGCGCUUCUCGCUUCUCCAUCCCCAGCUUUGGCCGCAUUAGAAAAAGCAGCGCAUCAAAAAUGGAUAGUGCUUGCAAAAGCUGAAGAAUCCUUUCUUAGGCAGAGAGCCCGUAUCCUAUGGUUGGCAGAGGGAGAUUGUAACUCGGCUUUCUUCCACCGGGCUAUCAAAUCUUGUACUGCUCAAAACUUCAUGCACAUGCUGUUGGAUUUAAAUGAUAUGGUCAUUGAUGAUCUGCAAGGUAUUAAGGAUCACAUCUUGGACUUCUACCAAACUCUCUUAGGAGGACAAGUCCAGCACACUACCUCGUCUCCUGACUUAAUUGCUGAUCUGGUCCCGUUCAGAUGCUCUCCUGAAGCUUCAGAAACCCUUCUGGCUCCGUUUACAGCGACUGAUAUCUGA